AUGACUCCAAUGGAUCCCGCCAUUGGGUUCUCCCUCACUUGGAUGAGUCCUGCCAACACCCACCCCAUUAUUAGUGGAAGAGGUUUCACUAUUCUCUCUCUCUCUCUCUCUCUCUCUCUCUCUCUAUGCACUCAUAUACAUUUCUCUUCAUUUUGGCUGCUUCUAGCACCAUCCCAUACACCUCUUCAUCCUCCACUACGUAUGGGCAGCAGCAGCAGAAGUGCUCAUCAUUAUAAGCCUGUAUGGGGCUGCAGAGUGUACUUGUCCAUGCCAGUAGGAUCUCAUCACAGCAGCAGAGUGAGAGGUACACCGUAA